GAACCAACGCCUUUCUGCAUUCUACAAGGGUCCCCACCAACUCAGCUUUUCUGGGUCUAGGAACUGUCCUGGAACGUGGGGUCCAACGCCAAGCCCCUCCCUUCUGGUUCUUCUGCGCCCUCUGGCCCCGCCCUCUCCGGAUCCUUCAGCAUGACCUACCACUUGCACCUUCAGCGCCGUAGUCCGUUGUCAUCAAUCGAGACCGUUCAGGUAAUCGACACCGAGUACAGCGCAGACACUGUGGAGUGGUGCCCGCUGGAGGGCUGGAGGAACCUGCUGGCCUGUGGCACUUACCAGCUGCAGACAUUGGAGCCCAAGGUCCAGAAGUCCGAAACCUUCUUAGAGCAAAAGCCCAAGGAUGAUAAGCCAGAGGAGCAGCAGAGAGAGACUGGAUUAGUGAACAUGGAUGAAGCUAUGGAACCUCAGGUCCGUAUGGGUCGUCUUUACCUGUAUAGUUUCAAUGAGGAUGCCACUGAUUCCCCUGUUACCGAAGUCCAGAGGAAAGAUGGUGCUGCUAUUCUGGAUAUGAAAUGGUCCCCAGUUCUAGUUGAUGGCCAUGUUAUCCUGGGAUUGGCAGAUGCUACAGGAUGCAUAGAGCUACUUAACUUGGUGGAAUUAGAGAAGAGCCAUUACAAAUUACAGUCACUUCUUAAGAAGACCCUGGGAAAACAAUGUAUUGCAUUGUCUUUAGACUGGUCAUCAGGACAAAGUACAAGGACCACUAAUCAGCCCUUAAGAAUCAUUAGUAGUGACUCCAAGGGACACCUCCACUUCUUUGCUGUGGAUGAAUUAGAAACUUCACUACAUCAUAUAUCAAAUUGGAAGGCCCAUGACUUUGAAGCCUGGAUUGCUGCCUUCGAUUACUGGCAAACAGACGUAGUCUAUUCAGGUGGAGAUGAUGGGCUUCUCAAAGGCUGGGACACCAGAAACAACCUGGAUAGACCUUUGUUUACAAGUAAGAGACAUUCAAUGGGUGUGUGCAGUAUCCAGAGCAAUCCCCAUAAGGAGAAUAUUCUGGCCACAGGAAGUUAUGAUGAGCACAUUCUCUUAUGGGAUACCCGUAACAUGAAACAGCCAUUUGACGACACUCAUGUAAAUGGAGGUGUAUGGAGACUAAAGUGGCACCCUGUCUAUCAUCACCUACUUUUGGCUGCAUGCAUGCAUAAUGGUUUUAAGAUCCUCAACUGCCAGCAACCUUUAGGACGUCGGCCUUCAUUAUCUUCUCAGUAUAGGUUCCGUAAAAGAGACAAAAUGAUGUUUUAUGGCCGAAAGAUCAUGAGGAAGGUGAGUAUCCUGCCCAAUAAUCUUGGUGGGAACAAUGCUGUGUCCCGGCAGAGAUACAAGAAGAGAGCCAAGGUUCUGCUUUUGGCUAAAAGGAUCCUGCAGUUCAAGAAGGAAUAUCCUACCUUGGAACCAAAGGAACCCCCACCCUCCUUGCUAGAAGCUGAUCUCACUGAGUUUGAUGUUAAAAAUUCUCACCUACCAUCUGAGGUCCUCUAUAUGCUGAAAAAUGUCCGGGUCCUGGGUCACUUUGAGAAACCACUGUUCCUGGAACUCUGCAAACACAUGGUUUUUGUGCCAUUACCUGAAGGACAGUACGUCUUUCGUCCUGGAGAACUUGACAACAGUAUUUAUGUGGUACAGGAUGGGAAACUGGAAGUUUGCAUUCAGGAAAAUGAUGGUAGUGAGUUGGUGUUGAAAGAAGUCCUGCCCGGAGACAGUGUCCACAGCCUCAUCAGCAUCCUGGAUUUCAUCAGCGGAUACAUAAAGCCAUUUAAAACAGUCUUUGCCAAGGCAGCGAUACCGUCUACUGUUUUAAGGCUUCCAGCUAAUGCUUUUCAAGAUGUAUUUGAGAAAUAUCCCGAGACCUUGGUGAGAGUAGUACAGAUCAUAAUGGUGCGACUGCAGAGGGUGACCUUUUUGGCUCUACACAAUUACUUGGGGCUUACCACUGAACUCUUCAACACUGAAAGUCAGGCUAUCCCUUUGGUGUCGGUGGCUGGUAUAAUAGCUGGCAAAACCAAGAGACAGAUGUCUGUUAUAGGAACAGAGGAAGAAUCUUCGAAAGAGAAGCCCCAGGAAGCCUCAGAAUCAGAUCAUAAGAGGGGAAGCAAGUUAGAGACCUGUACGCUUCUUGUGAAGCGGAGCUUCUCCAGUCCCCUGCCUUCAAUGCAUGGAGAGAGGUUUGAUGAACUAGGAAAAUUCCAAGGAAUUGGCCCUGACACACUGAUGCCUAAAGGCAGUUUCGGUGUUGCUAAAUCAGAUCUGGAAAUGGCUUAUGACAGGGCCAGAGUUAGUAUCUCGGAGGAACCUCCCUUGCUUAGGGAGAGAAGCUCCACUAAGGUAAGGAAAUCAGCAAUAAUGUCAGAAGUCCCUUCCAUCCGUUACACAGAAAAUAUCAGUGAGGAAACUGGCACCAACUGGAAAAUGGAUGCUCUCUUGAGAGCAGCCAAGAAGGAUCUUCUCACCCUGAUGAAACUGGAUGAUCCUUCUCUUUUGGAUGAUAAAGUGAACUGUCUUCAUGUACCUGCAGGUACCUUGGUGUCAAAACAAGGAGAUCAGGAUGUCAACCUUCGGUUUGUGAUCACUGGGAUGCUACAUGUAUAUCAGCGGAAUAUUGACAGUGAGAAAGAAACAUGCCUAUUUAUCAUCCACCCUGGAGAGCUGGUAGGCCAACUGGCUGUACUCACAGGGGAACCACUUACCUUUACCAUCAAGGCCAACAAAGAAUGUUACUUCCUCUCCAUCUCCAAGUUUGAUUUCUAUGAGAUUAUGCGGCAGCAACCAAAUGUUGUCCUGACUGUUGCUCACACAUUUGUGAGGAGGAUGUCUUCAUUUGUGAGGCAGAUAGACUUUGCCCUGGACUGGAUGGAGGUAGAAGCUGGACGUGCAAUUUAUAGGCAAAAUGAUAAAUCUGACUGCACAUAUAUUGUACUCAGUGGCCGUCUGCGCUCUGUGAUCAAAAAAGAUGAUGGGAAAAAACGUUUGGCUGCCGAAUAUGGACGAGGAGAUCUCAUUGGUGUGGUGGAGACACUAACCUACCAAUCCAGAGCUACAACAGUACAUGCUAUCCGUGAUUCAGAAUUGGCUAAGUUACCAGCAGGAGCACUGAAUUUCAUCAAGCGCAGAUAUCCACAGGUUGUGACUAGGUUGAUCCAUUUGCUUGGGCAGAAGAUCCUUGGCAAUCUUCAGCAGGUUGGUGUAUCAGGUCACCAGCAUGGAGUAUAUUUCUCAAGCAGCAAGUGGGAUUCUGGGAAUCCAGCCUCCAACCUUUCAACAGUGACUAUCAUGCCAGUAUCAGAUGAUGUGCCCCUCUUAACAUUUACUUUGGAACUCGAGCAUGCCCUCCAUGAUAUUGGCCCAGCCUUGCUAUUGACCAGUGACAACAUCAGAUCCCAUCUUGGAGUUGGUGCUUUGGACAGUGUUCAUGAAUAUAGAUUAUCCAGUUGGCUGGGACAGCAGGAAGACAUCCACCGCAUUGUUCUCUACCAGGCAGACACCACCUUGACUCCAUGGACCCAGCGCUGUUUUCGGCAGGCAGAUUGUAUCCUGAUUGUAGGGAUGGGAGAUCAAGAGCCCAGUGUAGGCGAGCUGGAAAAGAUGUUGGAGAACACAGCUGUUCGUGCUCAGAAGCAAUUGGUUCUGCUUCACAAGGAGGAUGGGCCAGAUCCUUCCCGUACAGUUGAAUGGCUUAACAUGAGAAGCUGGUGUUCAGGCCACUUGCAUCUUCGCUGUCCCCACCGGGUCUUUUCUCGAAAGUCCCCAGAAAAGUUGAUGGAAAUGUAUGAACGUGUCUUCCAGAAGCCUCCUGACAUACACUCUGACUUUUGCCGCCUAGCUCGAGUUUUGACUGGCAAUGCUAUUGCAUUAGUGCUUGGAGGAGGAGGAGCAAGAGGUUGCUCCCAAGUUGGACUCAUCCGGUCCCUCGUUGAGACAGGCAUUCCUGUGGAUAUGGUAGGAGGAACUUCAAUUGGGUCCCUCAUGGGGGCUCUGUUUGCUGAGGAGCGAAACUACAUCCAGACAAGAAUCCGAGCCAAGCAGUGGGCAAUUGAGAUGACUUCAGUGGUGAAGACAGUGCUCGAUCUGACUUACCCAAUCACUUCCAUGUUCUCUGGAGCAGCUUUCAAUAAUGGCAUUAGAAAAGUCUUCAAAGACAAACAAAUCGAGGAUCUCUGGAUUCCCUAUUUUGUUAUCACAACAGAUAUCUCUGCCUCUGCAAUGAGGGUCCACACAGAUGGCUCCCUGUGGAGGUAUGUCCGAGCCAGUAUGACUCUGUCUGGUUAUAUGCCCCCACUCUGUGACCCCAAAGAUGGGCACCUACUGAUGGAUGGUGGCUAUAUCAACAACCUCCCAGCUGAUGUGGCCAAAUCUAUGGGUGCCAAGGUGGUGAUUGCCAUUGACGUGGGCAGCAGGGACGAAACGGACCUCACCAACUACGGCGACUCACUGUCUGGCUGGUGGCUCCUGUGGAAACGCUGGAAUCCCCUGGCUACAAAAGUGAAGGUGCUGAAUAUGGCAGAGAUCCAGUCACGCUUGGCCUAUGUGAGCUGUGUCAGGCAGCUGGAGAUGGUGAUGAAGAGUGAUUACUGUGAAUAUAUCCGACCACCCAUUGACGAGUAUGGUACCCUGGACUUUGGCAGAUUUGAUGAAAUCUGUGAGGUGGGUUACCAAUAUGGACAGAAUGUGUUUGACAUCUGGGCCAACAAUGGUGUUCUAGAGAAGAUGAUGAGUGAUGUUCAGGAAAUCCGCAAAAUGAACACUGGAGAUAUGUUCACCUACUCCAAUGCCUCCUUCACUGACCUGGCAGAGAUCGUGUCUCGCAUUGAACCAAGCAGAUCCUUAGUGGAAAACGAUGAUGAAUCUGACCAUGAGGAUGAAUAUGAAGAGGCGAGCAUAGACUUCCCUAAGGACGAACAGGUCGAACAGGUCCGACAGCCCUCACAGGUCCGACAGCCCUCACAGAUCCGACAGCCCUCACAGAUCCGACAGCCCUCACAGGUCCCACAGGUCCGACAGCCCUCACAAGUCCGACAGCCCUCAGAAGUCCGACAGCCCUCACAGGUCUCACAGAUCCAACAGGGCGAAGAGGUCCAACAGGACAAUCAGAUGGAGCAGGUCGUCGAGCAGGACGAUUGGUUCGAGCAGGCCCAACAGGAAGAACAGGUCGAACAGGAGGAACAGGUUGUUUCAGAAGAAGAUGCAACAGCUAUUUAUGAAGAUCCCUUCUCAGAAGAAGAGAUCAACAACACUCCUCCGUGAUCAGCUCCUAUUCUGCCUUUUCAGAAGUGGAUUCCUAAAAGCCCUGUUUCUCUACAAGGGGCCAUGAGGCUUAUGUAAUGGAGGCUGAGACCUUGAUAUUUGGUGCUGAUGGAAUGAAGCCACAGUCACUUCUCCUGAAGCCAUCUUGGGUAUUUGUGGGAGGGAUGGACACAUUUGCCUUCUUCCUUUCUACCACCCAACCAAAUCACUGACCAGCCAUGUGAUUCUAUCUCCCAGAGUUGGGAAUGGGGGGGGGGGGGAGAAUGGGAGGGAAUGUGAGAAGGGGCAUUUACUGUGGUUUGAGAGUAAGAGGGAAGCUGGAAAGAGAAGAUCCAUGAGUUACUGUGGUUUUGUACAGUUCAGACUACCCUUGAAGUGCUUCUUUAUUGAUCCUAUUAGAGAAGCUAUGUGGGCACAUUGGCCCUGGGGAAAAACCUUUGGAAAUCUUGGAAUCUAGGAGUAGGCUGGAUUUUAAACAAUUACUGGCUUUAGUAUUCAGGCCACUUUGGCAAAAAAAAAAAAAGGCCCUGGUGAAAGAGUAGAGGAGAUUUUUGGGCAGGUUGAUAGCUUCUAUCAAAGGUCUUCCUCUAGGAGAGCCUUUAGGUGGAAUGGACACUCGUCCUCAAGUGCCUGGUUUGGGUUACCCACCCAGUGCCAUACUCUUCCUUAGCUAAGCCAGGAUGAGGCUCAGGCCCUUGUGAGAGAGAGCUGAGCCAUUUGAAACUUAUUCUAUCCUCCCAUUCUGAUCGUCUCCUCCUGGGGUCAGAAUAAAGUAUAUGUACUGUGACCAAGCCAAAUUCCCCUCUUCUCCCUUCUAGAAUUUAGCACCCAAGCUAUGUGUUUUGUUUUCAUGUCCUUGGCUAACCACAAAAGAACAGCCCAAAAGAGUGAGACAAAGGACCAGGGCUGGGCCCUGAAAGUCAGCCUUUCAUUCAAGAAGCAGCUGAGACUACCCCCAAUCCUAAGGCCCAGGACAGGCCUCUGAGAAACAUAGGAAGUUGGAAGAUGCUGCCAGAAUGAGGAAUUCUACUUCAUGCUCACUUUGCAAGGUUCUAGCUCCCAACCCUCCAACCUGUGGCCUCUGAAGUUUCUGGGGAAGAGAUUCCUUCUGUCUUGGCUCAAUAUGAGAAGCAAUUGCUUUCCUUUCAUGGAUAGACAAGUUUGAGGUUGGAGAUAGGGAAAUGUAGGAAACUGAAAAGGCAACAUACAAUUUAGUUUAUUAAUAAAUAUAUAUAUAGAUACACAAACA